AAACCCUAAAAGACAUGCGCUGCUGAACCUAGCAGAGGCCAGAAGGAAGCCGCAGGUAGAGACCCUUCAUCGAGAGCGAACAUGAAGUACAAUCCUCGGGUCUCCAGCUCUCGUCGCAAGAAUCGCAAGGCACACUUCACGGCGCCGUCCAGCGUUCGCCGUAUUCUGAUGAGUGCGCCUCUCUCGAAUGACCUUCGCUCCAAAUACAACGUCCGGUCCAUGCCGGUUCGCAAGGACGAUGAGGUUCAAGUUGUUCGAGGCACCUACAAGGGACGUGAGGGCAAAGUGGUUCAGGUCUACCGCCGCAAAUGGGUCAUUCACAUUGAGCGGAUUACUCGCGAGAAGGUAAAUGGUUCAACCGUGAAUGUUGGGAUUAACCCUUCGAAAGUUGUCAUCACGAAGCUGAGGUUGGACAAGGACCGCAAGUCUUUGCUUGAUCGCAAAGCCAAGGGACGGGCGGCCGCCGACAAGGUCAAGGGUACCAAGUUUACUGCCGAGGACAUUAUGCAAAAUGUUGAUUAGUCGAUCAAAACAACUUCUUUUAGAUCUGUUUUGCUAUUUUAUGUAUUAGGUUGUUUUGCUCUUUUUACUAAGUGAAAACGGGAUAAUUUGUCAUCGCGGGCCUUGUGAUUUUCAUUUCGAACAAUUCGAGUAUUUGGAGGACUUGAUUUUUCAUGCUUUAAAGAAAUGUUUUGAUUGAUAUUACUCCUGAAAA